GAUGCGAUGUCAGAUGGGUCGUCCCGGGCCGAGAGGGCGCCCGGCCGCUCUGCGUUCGCCCGGGGACCGGCCAUGGUGUUGCGAGGCGUCAGGGUGGUGGAGCUGGCGGGCCUGGCCCCGGGGCCGUUCUGCGGGAUGGUCCUGGCGGACUUCGGAGCUCGGGUGGUGCGCGUCGACCGGUUGGGCUCGGUGGGCGACGUGAGCCUCCUGGCCCGGGGCAAGCGCUCGCUGCUGCUGGACCUGAAGCGGCCGCAGGGAGCCGCGGUGCUGCGGCGCAUGUGCGCACGCGCGGACGUGCUGCUGGAUCCCUUCCGCAGCGGGGUCAUGGAGAAACUCCAGCUUGGCCCAGCCACUCUAUUGCAGGACAAUCCAAAGCUCAUCUAUGCCAGGCUGAGUGGAUUUGGCCAGUCGGGAAGUUUCUCCAAGGCAGCUGGCCAUGACAUCAACUAUUUGGCUUUGUCGGGCGUUCUGUCCAAGAUUGGCAGAAGUGGUGAGAACCCAUACCCACCGUUGAAUCUCCUGGCUGACUUUGGCGGUGGUGGCCUCAUGUGCACACUAGGCAUCGUGCUUGCUCUCUUCGAACGCACACGUUCCGGCCAAGGUCAGGUCAUUGACGCGAACAUGGUGGAAGGAACCGCGUACUUAAGUUCUUUCCUGUGGAAGACUCAGCACACGUGGCUGUGGGGACAGCCUCGUGGACAAAACAUGUUAGAUGGCGGGGCACCUUUCUACACCACCUACAAGACAGCAGACGGAGAGUUCAUGGCUGUCGGCGCAAUCGAACCCCAGUUCUAUGAGCUGCUGCUCAGAGGACUUGGACUCGAGUCUGAUGAACUCCCCGCCCAGAUGAGCGUCGCUGACUGGCCGGAAAUGAAGAAGAAAUUUGCAGAUGUGUUUGCAAAGAAGACCAAGGCAGAGUGGUGCCGGAUCUUUGAUGGGACAGAUGCGUGUGUGACCCCAGUGCUGACGUUUGAGGAGGCCCUUCACCACAGUCACAACAGGGAACGGGCCUCGUUUAUCACCAACGAGGAGCAGCAGGCAAGCCCCCGCCCUGCACCUCAGCUGUCCAGAACCCCAGCUCUCCCUUCUGUCAAAAGGGAGUGUUUCGUAGGAGAGCACACCGAAGAGGUUCUCAAAGAAUUUGGGUUCAGUCAAGAGGAGAUUAAUCAGCUGCACUCAGAUGGAAUCAUUGAGAGUAGGAAGCCAAAAGCCAACCUCUGACUCACAGGUUCUCGGCUCACGUGAAUCUGAGUGCUGUCCUUACGCUGGAAAAUGACACCCACAAUUGUGUGUAUGAAAAUGGGGAUGAACAGUAAUGAAGUGAUCCAAGUGUUCCAAUCAAGACACAACUAAAGACUGAUUACAGAGUCAUGAUUGCACACUGAAACUGCUUUUCAGGGCCUCUGAUUGAGGAAUCUUUUGGUGUGCAUACUGAUAAGAACUUGUUGCACUUUUCUGCUUUUCAGUUCACUUGAUAACACACAUAUAUAUAUAUAUAUAAAUAUAGCUAUGAUAUAUUUUAAGUGAAUUAAUAUAAUUUUAAUAAAUAAAGCUUUUUUUCUCCCUCUUGGAACCAAACACUGUUUUUAAGUUGUGAAAGCUUUCUAGAAAGCCCUUUAAAGACCAUUUUCUGAUGCAUUAAAUAUUUGGGCACUACUGUUAACAAAAUGCAUAACCCUUAAAAAAAAGUCAGACCCUUUUCAUUCACUUUGAACUCAAAUGUUAGCAAAUGGUCUUGAAGUUCUCAUCAUAAAGCCCUGCUUCAAAUCACCAUACUGGAUGCUGGGCUGUGUGUGAGUAGCUUGGUGGCCUGUUCUCCAUCACCUGGCAGUUAACUGUCCUGUAUCCAGUGAAAGUCUGCUAAGCUCCUCCCACCCAUGUCUGCCUCUGUACUGAUCAUGUCCCCGGAAGUCCUUCUGCUUAUCCUCUCAAAAGUCACAAUAAUAAGCAGCUUUAAGUAAGCAGGUAAAUAAGUCAGGUGGUACUCCAUAGGCAAUAGAACAACCAACCAGUGAGAAGAAGACAUCCUAAUGCUGAGGUGCACGGCAGUGAGAGCCGUGAUUAACAGCUGGGAUGAACUCCAGGAGCAAAGUGAGCUUCUCAUCUUUGGACAUCUCUAUUACAACUGCAAAAGGUGCUAAUGGUUUUGUCAGCCUUGGGUCAGAGUCAUGCUUUGCCCUGCCCAGUGCUGGAGUUCACAUCUCUAUAGCAACCUAACCCCUGAUCAUGUAAUGGCUUCCCAACUCCUUUGAAAUGCUCUUUUUUUAAAAAGUAUUUUUUGAAAUUUUCAUUUGCAUAUACAAUGUGUCUUGAUCAUAUCUACCCCCUACUCCCCUCUCCAAUACCUACCUCAACACAACUCCCUCCCAACAGAUAACUGCUGUUUCUCUUUGCUUUUAUUUCUGUCAUAUUACCUUAUUGGUAUUUUUUUUUUUGCAAGACUAGCCUUUUUAGUCCUGCAAAAUUUUGCAGUAGUGCAUUUUUUUCCUAAGGGAUAAAAUAUAAUCUUAACAACAACAAUAACAAUAAACAAAAAUAACAGUAAAACUGCCUACAUCAUCAAUCCAUCCUCAGCUCCUGCUCUGCAGCCAUGUAUAUGGACCACCUGAAAUGUCUACAUGUUAUGGUUUCUCUUGCUUCCAUUCCUUCCACGUGCCGCAUCAUUUUCCGGGACUAACAAUACACCUUCUGUUCCUGCCACUUGGUUAGCCAACUCAUGUUGACUCAAAUGCAGCCUUCUUUGUUAAACUUCCUGCCCUUCUCAACUCUAAGAUGAUUUUGUACAGUGAAUAUGAGCUAUAAUGUCAGAAAGGUCAUGUGCUCAAAUCUCAUUCUCCCAGAUGAUGUCUAUUUCAAUACUUUGGAAGUGCCUGACAUGUUGGAAAAGCUCAGAAAUUGUUCAUUCUUUCUGUUAUGCUCUUGCUAUAUUCCCAUUGUACUCUGAAUAUGUCCAAGGAUAGGAAUUACUUUUUAUUAUGAUUUACAAAUUCUUCACUAAGCCAUGAGCUCCUGGGGUAAUGGCUGUAGUAUUUAUAUCUAGUUCAAAAACACCAUGUAUGGAGUCUGCCAACACAGAAUCUGGGCCCUGCCCCCAGAAAGUUGAUACAGUGGGCAAGGGUGAUUCCCACACAUUUGCAUUUCUAUAAAGCAUCCAUGUGAUUGCACAUAGCUCACAAUUCAGAGGCACCACCUUGCUUCGUUUCUGUUGCUUUUGCUUACUGUUGUGACCACAAUACUUGAGACGGGUGGUAUCAGGGAUGGUUUACUUUUGCUAAGUUUCAGAGAUUUCAGGCCAUCAAGGCAAGGACUGUGGUAAGCAGGAUGCAGAUGGAGCAACAGUAGGGAGGGAGCCAAGGCAUGAAAUAGCCCCUCAAGAAGGCACCCCCAUGCCAGCAACCCAACAUCUCCCAUCAGGCUCCAUUCCCACAGCUCCACUGCCUCCCAAGAGGUUAUCUAUGUUAUAAAUCUGUCAGGGGGUUAAACCAUAAUAAGGUGAGAAUCCUCACGAUCUAAUCCCGUAUGGAAAUGCCCUCAUCAACACACCCAGAACUGUGUUUCACUAAUUUCCUGGGGACUUUUAAAUCCAGUUUUGUUGGCAAUCAAGAUUAACAAUCACUAAACGGGAGAGAUUGCUCAGAGGUAAAGAGCACUGGCUGCCCUUCCAGAGGAGCUGGCACCCACAUGGCACCUCAUAACAGUCUGUAUUUCCAGGUCAAGUGGAUCCACCACCCGCUUCUGGCUUCCAUCAUCACCAGGCAUGCAUGUGGUGCAUAGACUUACAUGCAGAAAAAAACACCCACAUACAUAAAAAAAUACUAAAACCAUUACAAGUGGCAUUGUUUUAAGAGAUAUGAACCAAGCAAGACUUUUUAAAUCAUGGUUACUAUUACAAUAUGUUCUCAGAAAAAGUAUGUGUUCAGUGGAAUGGUUAGGGAAAAGAUAAAUGCAAAUUGGUUAAAAAUCUAUGGCUAAUCAGAUGAGCUAAUGUAGACGUUGAUUUCUGUGUUUGGGUGAUUACACAAAGUGAAUGAGAAGUUAUAUUUGGUAGGUUGUGAAUUUCAAGAAUAAAUAACUAAGGUGAGUA